AUCUCCUUCGGCCUCGCAACAGAGAGAAAGUUGUGUCAAUGUCGACGAGCCCAGUUCUUCAAUUAGCUAUUCUAGUUCUUUUCUGUAAUGUUCAUGUAAAGUCUCUAGGGUGUUUUGAUUCCGAUCGAGAAGCUUUGAUUGCCUUAAAAAGUGGCCUCAACGAUCCUGAGAAUCGACUCGUGUCAUGGAAAGGGAUGGACUGUUGCCAAUGGAGAGGGGUGGGGUGUAACAAUGGAACUGGAGCUGUUACUGUGAUUGAUCUUCAUAACCCACAUCCCUUAGGGGAGCAAGGAUUCUGGAAUCUUAGUGGAGAGAUAAGUCCAUCGCUCACAAAACUAAGGUCUUUGAGAUAUUUGGAUUUGAGUUUUAACACAUUCAAUGAUAUUCCAGUUCCUGAAUUCUUCGGCUCUUUGAAGAAGUUGCAGUAUUUGAACCUAUCAAAUGCUGGCUUUGGUGGUUUACUGCCUCCCAGUUUGGGUAACAUUUCUAGCUUGCAAUAUCUUGAUAUGGAGAAUUUGGGUUUAGUUCUUGAUAAUCUUGAAUGGGUAGCUGGGCUUGUGUCCUUGAAGUAUCUUGCAAUGGAUAGCAUGGAUCUUUCCCCAGUGAAACCAGACUGGUUUAAGAUAUUGAGCAGGCUUAAAUUCUUAACUGAGUUGCAUAUGAGUGAUUGUGGCUUAUCUGGAGCCAUUUCAUCUCCCUUGACAGUCAACUUCACUUCUCUCUCUGUUGUUGAUUUAACUGGAAACAAUAUCAAUUCUCAGAUACCCACUUGGCUUAUGAAUGUUAGUAGCCUGACAUCACUCAGUAUGAGUGAUUGUAAUUUGUACGGUAGAAUUCCCCUCGGCCUCGGUGAUCUACCCAGUUUACGCUCGUUGGAUCUUUCUGGGAAUGGAAAUCUCUCAGCGAGCUGCUCUCAGUUAUUUCAAAGAGGAUGGAGUAGGGUGGAAGUUCUUAUACUAGCUGAGAAUAAGAUUCAUGGAAAGCUUCCAUCCUCCAUUGGAAAUGUGAGUUCUCUUGCUUAUUUUGAUCUUUUAGGGAAUAACGUCGAAGGAGGGAUUCCGAGCACCAUCGGAAGGCUUUGCAACCUGAACUUUUUCCGAUUAUCGGGUAAUAAUUUGAACGGGACGUUACCUGAAUUUCUUGAAGGAACUGAAAACUGCAAUCCAGCUCGUCCACUCUUUAGCCUGGAGCAUCUAGAUCUGUCCAACAACAAAUUGGUGGGUGAAUUGCCGGAGUGGUUAGGCCAACUUGAAAAUCUUAAUGAACUAAGUUUGGGUUAUAACUCACUUCAAGGUCCCAUUGUUGAUUUCAGAUCACUUGAAAAGUUGUCUUCAUUGGGGCUGCAAGGAAAUAAGCUGAAUGGGACUCUCCCUGAGAGUAUAGGGCAGCUUUCUGAGCUGUCUCUUUUAGAUGUUUCUAGCAAUCAAUUCACAGGGACAGUCUCAGAAGCACAUUUUUCAAAGCUAAACAAACUGAAAAUCUUACAUUUAUCUUCGAAUUCUUUGAGAUUGAAUGUUAGUUCCAAUUGGGUUCCUCCAUUCCAAGUCAGAAAUCUUGACAUGGGUUCGUGUUACUUGGGUUCUCCAUUUCCAGUUUGGCUCAAAUCACAAAAUGCGGUGCUGUUCAUGGAUUUCUCAAAUGCCAGCAUCUCAGGUCCCAUUCCCAACUGGUUUUGGAAAAUCUCAGCAAAUCUAGCUCUUUUAAACGUUUCUUACAACCGGUUAGAGGGACGACUACCGAACCCGCUGAAAAUAGCUCCCUUUGCAGAUGUUGAUUUCAGCUCCAAUCUCUUUGAAGGACCGAUUCCUCUUCCAAGCUUUGAGAUUGUUUCACUCGAACUUUCAAAUAACAUAUUCUCGGGUUCAAUACCAAAGAAUAUAGGUGAGGCAAUGCCGAACCUGGUCUUUCUGUCUCUGGCUAAUAAUCAAAUAACAGGUGAAAUUCCAGAUACUGUAGGGGAAAUGCAGAUUCUUCAGGUCAUUAAUCUAUCAGGGAAUAACUUGACUGGUAAAAUUCCUUCAACUAUUGGGAAUUGUUCGUUGUUGAAGGCAAUCGACCUCGCGAACAACUAUUUAGUAGGUCCAAUUCCAGACUCUUUGGGUCAGUUAAAUCAGCUUCAGACUCUACAUUUAAGUGAAAACAGGCUCACUGGAAAGCUCCCACCAUCUUUCCAAAAUCUCUCCAAUCUGGAAACACUGAAUCUUGGGAAUAAUGGUCUUGUCGGUAGUAUUCCUCCUUGGAUUGGAACUAGUUUUCCAAAUCUGAGAAUCCUCACCUUGAGGUCAAAUGCAUUUUCCGGAGCGAUUCCUGCACUCACAAAUCUUGGCUCGUUGCAAGUCUUGGACCUGGCACAAAACAAGUUGAAUGGUUCCAUUUCAAUUGGUUUCAGCAGUCUCAAAGCUAUGUUUCAACGCCAGACAACAAACCAAUAUCUACUUUACGGGAAAUACAGGAGCAUUUACUACGAAGAAAACUACAUCUUGAACACAAAAGGCAACUUAUUGAGGUACACUAAGACCCUUUCCCUUGUAAUAAGCAUUGAUCUCUCUGGGAACGAACUGUAUGGAGUUUUACCUCAAGAUAUAACUGAGUUAGCCGGGCUUAUUGCCUUGAACUUGUCUCAAAAUCAUAUCAGUGGCCAGAUUCCAGAGAACAUUUCAAACCUGAUAGAAUUAUCAUAUCUUGAUCUCUCAAACAACAGGUUCUCAGGUCCCAUUCCUCCUAGCUUGACUAAAUUAAUAUGGUUGAGUGAUUUGAAUCUCUCGAACAAUAACUUGACAGGAAAGAUUCCUGUUGGAUAUCAGUUUCAAACCUUUUCUGCUUCAUCUUUUGCUGGAAAUCCUGGUCUCUGUGGUGAACCCCUUUCUGUAACAUGUCAAGACACUAAAAGUACAGAUGGAGGGAGAGAUGAAGAUGAAGACGAAGACGAAGAAAACAAUGAAGUCAUUGGUCAAUGGUUUUACCUGAGUCUUGGGGUUGGAUUUGCAGCUGGGAUUCUAGUUCCUUUCUGCAUUUUUGCAGCUAAAAGAUCGUGGUCGAAUGCUUACUUCCAGUUGCUUGAUAAAGUUGUGGGUAAGGUUUCUCCAUCUUGA